AUGGGCAGCAGCAGCAGCAGCAGCAGCAGCAGCAGCAGCAGCAGCAGCAGCAGCAGCAGCAGCAGCAGCAGCAGCAGCAGCAGCAGCAGAGCAGCAGCAGCAGCAGCAGCAGCAGCAGCAGCAGCAGCAGCAGCAGCAGCAGCAGCAGCAGCAGCAGCAGCAGCAGCAGCAGCAGCAGCAGCAGCAGCAGCAGCAGCAGCAGCAGCAGCAGCAGCAAGCAGCAGCAGCAGCAGCAGCAGCAGCAGCAGCAGCAGCAGCAGCAGCAGCAGCAGCAGCAGCAGCAGCAGCAGCAGCAGCAGCAGCAGCAGCAGCAGCAGCAGCAGCAGCAGCAGCAGCAGCAGCAGCAGCAGCCAGCAGCAGCAGCAGCAGCAGCAGCAGCAGCAGCAGCAGCAGCAGCAGCAGCAGCAGCAGCAGCAGCAGCAGCAGCAGCAGCAGCAGCAGCAGCAGCAGCAGCAGCAGCAGCAGCAGCAGCAGCAGCAGCAGCAGCAGCAGCAGCAGCAGCAGCAGCAGCAGCAGCAUUUAUCCAUCCUAAUGAGAAAGAACUUUUGGGACUGA